AUGAGGGCCAAACGUUCCAAGAAGUAUCGCAAGCUGAUGCACCAGUAUGAGCUUACGUUUGGCUUCCAUGAACCUUAUCAAGUCCUAGUCGACUCGAAUUUUUUGCGAGCUGUCCACCAAUUCAAAAUGGAACUUCUGCCUGCCUUGGAGCGAACACUGCAAGGCAAAGCCAAGCCACUGCUAUCAAAAUGCUCGCUCGCCGCCAUCAUGGCCGCCCAGCCUAUAAAUCCCAAAACCAAUAAACCAUACCGACCCUUUCAUCUCCCUCCACCAGCCGAGCUACCACUGCGCCACUGCUCGCAUAACGACGACAAUACCCCCAUUGACGAAGUUGAAUGUCUUUUAUCACUCCUCUGCCCGAACACCGAUACGAUGCGCAAUAAAGAGCAUUAUAUCCUUGCGACUGCUGAGCCCGUGGCAUUGCCUCAUGACGACUUGAAAUCAGAUAACCCUAAGCAACGGAGGCAAGCGGAGGCAUUGAUGGAGAAACGCAGCGAGAAGGCGCUUGCUCUGCGAUCAGCCGCGCGCGCGGUUCCUGGUGUACCUAUUAUCUACGUCAAGCGCUCAGUCAUGGUUCUGGAGCCGUUUAGUACACCGUCUGAAAAAGUGCGGUUGGGAGUUGAGAAGAGCAAGUUCAAGAUUGGAAUGGAGGCGGCAUUGGAUGUGGUUAGUGGUUUAAAACGAAAGAGGGAAGAUGAAGAGGAGGGACCGUCUACUACGGCUAAGGAUCGACAUGCCAAAAAGGCUAAAGCGCCGAAUCCGCUUAGUAUGAAGAAACCGAAGAGGAGAGAGAAGCCGAAGCCCGAGGAGCAAGGGAAGAAGAAAGAGAAGAAGCAAGAUCAGGAAAAGGAGAGUCGUGAUGAUGGUGCGGAGGAUAAGAUGGUCGAUGCGGAGGGCGAGGAAUCAGUCAAGAAAAAGCGCAAGAGGAAACACAAGAGUGCGAAAGCUGAUAUCGGAGCUAUCGAGGUUGCCGAUGGUUCCGGGCCUGAUGCGGUUCCAGCCUCGGCGGAUGAUUGA